GAGGGGCGGCCGGGAGGCGGUGCUGCGGCCAUCCAGGAUCACCUUGGCGGGGCGGCGAGGCGGCGCGCAGAGGAGCGGCGGCUCUGGGAGUGGACGGGCGCGGGCUGAAGCUGAGCUGCGGCAGACACAGGACUCCAGCCACCAUGUCGAAGCACCACGAUGCAGGGACUGCUUUCAUCCAGACCCAGCAGCUGCACGCUGCCAUGGCAGACACCUUCCUGGAGCACAUGUGCCGGCUGGACAUCGACUCGGAGCCCACCAUCGCCCGGAACACCGGCAUCAUCUGCACCAUCGGCCCAGCCUCCCGCUCGGUGGAGAAGCUGAAGGAAAUGAUUAAAUCUGGAAUGAACGUUGCCCGCCUCAACUUCUCUCAUGGCACCCAUGAGUAUCAUGAAGGCACAAUCAAGAACGUGCGAGAAGCUACAGAGAGCUUUGCCUCUGAUCCCAUCACCUACAGACCUGUAGCUAUUGCACUGGACACCAAGGGACCUGAAAUCAGAACUGGACUCAUUAAGGGAAGUGGCACAGCAGAGGUGGAGCUGAAGAAGGGUGGGCAGCUCAAAGUGACCCUGGAUGAUGCCUUCAUGGAGAACUGUGAUGAGAACGUGCUGUGGGUGGACUACAAGAACCUCAUCAAGGUGGUAGAUCUUGGCAGCAAGAUCUAUGUGGACGACGGUCUCAUUUCCUUGGUGGUUAAGGAGAAAGGCAAGGACUACGUGCUGACGGAGGUGGAGAACGGCGGCAUGCUGGGCAGCAAGAAGGGAGUCAACCUGCCCGGCGCCGCCGUUGACCUGCCGGCGGUCUCCGAGAAGGACAUCCAGGACCUGAAGUUCGGCGUGGAGCAGAACGUGGACAUGGUGUUCGCCUCCUUCAUCCGCAAGGCCGCCGACGUCCACGCCGUCAGGAAGGUGCUGGGGGAGAAGGGGAAGAACAUUAAGAUCAUCAGCAAGAUCGAGAACCACGAGGGGGUGCGCAGGUUUGAUGAGAUCAUGGAGGCCAGCGAUGGCAUUAUGGUGGCCCGCGGUGACCUGGGCAUUGAGAUCCCCGCUGAGAAAGUCUUCCUCGCCCAGAAGAUGAUGAUUGGGCGCUGCAACAGGGCUGGCAAACCCAUCAUCUGUGCCACUCAGAUGCUGGAGAGCAUGAUCAAGAAGCCUCGGCCGACGCGCGCCGAGGGCAGCGACGUGGCCAACGCGGUGCUGGACGGAGCAGACUGCAUCAUGCUGUCCGGGGAGACCGCCAAGGGAGACUACCCGCUGGAGGCUGUGCGCAUGCAGCACGCGAUCGCCCGGGAGGCCGAAGCCGCCAUCUUUCACAGGCAGCUGUUCGAGGAGCUGCGCCGCCUGACCUCCCUCAACUGCGACCCCACGGAGGCCGCCGCUGUCGGCGCUGUGGAAGCCUCCUUCAAGUGCUGCAGCGGGGCCAUUAUUGUCCUCACCAAGUCUGGAAGGUCUGCGCACCUGGUGUCGCGGUACCGCCCGCGGGCGCCCAUCAUCGCCGUCACCCGCAACGACCAGACCGCGCGCCAGGCGCACCUCUACCGCGGCAUCUUCCCUGUCCUCUGCAAAGAGCCGGCCCUGGACGCCUGGGCGGAGGACGUGGACCUCCGCGUCAACCUGGGCAUGAAUGUCGGCAAAGCGCGUGGGUUCUUCAAGAGCGGCGACCUGGUGAUCGUGCUGACGGGCUGGCGCCCCGGCUCCGGCUACACCAACACCAUGCGUGUGGUGCCAGUCCCCUGAGCAGCUGCACACCUCCCUGCCCCCACACCCCCAUCCCCCCUCACCCU